AUGGCCAUGUUACCGAAAAACCUUCCCAGACCAGAGGAGUGGUAUGUAUUCAUGUGAAGCCGUUUUCUAAUUUGACAGAUUAGGUCUACACCCUACCACUGUAAAAUUGAGUUUCCAGGUCUUUUACCCGAGUCGGUAGAUCACUUGUAAAUAUGUUGAAUGAUACAUGAUAAUGAUAAUAACAUGGUAUUUAGUGAUUAGUGUGUUAACAAAUGCAAUAUAACAAUUAAUUCAUGAUGUUUUCCCUGUUUCUAACAAUAGUCAAGGAGCACGGGCUCUAUGGUAUGACCGGAAAAAAUACCUCAUCAUUAAUUUCAUGGUGCAAAACCCCAAGGAUGUUGAGGUUGAUAUUCAGGAUACCUUUAUAGUUUUAAGGUGAGUUUGAUUAAUUUGCAACCCUGAAGUGUGCGUGAUCUAGCAAAUUGUUAGUCUAAAUAAAUAGUAUCUAAGUAGCCUACGUUUAAUAACAUUGUUUGUCUCUGGAUUUGUGUCCAUGACAGUUGUAAAGACGUUGAUGACAACAGCAUCUACAAUCACAUUUACUUCUAUGACAAAGUCAUUAAAUUCGUAAGUAUUCACAUUUCUCUAUCAUAUCAAAGUUAAUUUGCUUCUCACAAUUAACACUGGUAACAGUUGUAAAGAUGUAUAAAUAUGCAGCAUGCUUCAAUGUUCAGCACGGUAAUGUAUAAAUAAAAUGGAUACAAGUUACAGAGCAUUAUGGAUACUGUAGUAAAUAAUGCUACAAGUAAGCUUUGUCUAUUUAUCUAACAGGACUCCCAAGUGAAAGUCUAUGACCGCAGUAUCCACAUCUUGAUUAGGAAGGCUAAAGAAAAUGUAGCAUGGCCUCGUCUUCAGAAAGAUGCCGAUCUCAAGGUACUGGAACAUUUGAUCUUCUGCUUAGAAUAGUGAAGAGCAUUGUAAGGUUAGACUAAUGCUUCAUGUGUUAAAGGUAGACUCAGCAAUAGGACAUUACAUUUACAUUUUUACAUUUUAGUCAUUUAGCAGACGCUCUUAUCCAGAGCGACUUACAGGAGCAAUUAGGGUUAAGUGCCUUGCUCAAGGGCACAUCGACAGAUUUUUCACCUAGUCGGCUCGGGGAUUAGAACCAGCGACCUUUCGGUUACUGGCACAACGCUCUUACCCACUAAGCUACCUGCCGCACAUCAUCAUGAACAGUGGGGCGACAAAGACUGUUUGUGCCCUCCCUUGGGGCAUGCUCAGACUGGAAAGAGCCAAUAGUCUUGGCUGAUUCAAAUGUUGCUAUUGUUGACUUCUGAAAGCAGAAAGUCACAAUGCUACACUAUGAUAGUCAAAUUACAGAAUCUACCUUCUAUCUGACAGAAUGUAUAUCAACAUGUUCUCUCUCCCAUCAUUAUUCUGUCCUGUGUAGCCAAAUUGGAUGGCUGUAGACUUUGAUAACUGGAGAGACUGGGCGAACGAAGAGGAUGAGGGAAUGGCGGAGUACGAGCAAUAUUUUGACGUAAGUGUAACUCUGCCAAAUGGGUUACUCUAUGUCUAUGUUUGAAAGUGUGACUUAAAUUCAUGGUUUUCCAUUUUAGAUGGUUCAGGAUAUGGGGAACAAGAAAGGAGGGCCACCUGCGAUGGAUGAUCUUGAUGAUCUG